AUGGAAAAUCGAUUCAAGCUCCGAAUAUCUCGCAUAUUUCGGACACCGUUUGGCUCCUGCCGGACCCGGAACGAUGCCGAUGUCGCUGAAAAGGCUGUUUUCUCACUUGAAACCCACACGUUCCGGUCGUUAAAGCCGUCGUCGCCAACACCUAAGGAUCGGUCCUUACCUUCCAUUUGUAAACCCAGAUGCUCUUGUCAAUCAACCCAAGAAGCUAUCAAUACCGAUUCUAUAAUGGCUGCUCCAAGAGAAACUCUCCCACGGCGGCGUAAAGUCUCGGUCAAGGCUGCUCCUGCUUCGCCUAUACCACACUUGCCCCUCUUCUCCGACUGUAAAGACUUUGGUUUCUACGAGAAAAAGAAGAGCUCAGCUACAAACAAGAAGAAGAAGAACAGAAGGGUUCACAUCAAACAGAAUAAUACGUCGUUUAAUUCCAUGUUCUUCGGCUCAUCUUCUCACGAAAGUGUUAAUUACGGUGGCCGUGGCGGUGGGUGGUGGCGUUGGUUUAGCAGCGAAGACGAAGCCGAGACUCUUUUUUCUUCAAGGACUCUCUCGUCAUCGGAUUCAUCAUCGGAGUGGCACCAACAUCGUGAUCACCGGAGAAAACACAACGCUCGCCGGAGAAGAGCUAAGAGCGGGAACAAAGUAAAGGACAGCUUUGCGGUGGUGAAAAGCUCCGAUGAUCCCUACACUGAUUUCAGGGCAUCGAUGGUGGAGAUGAUCGUUGAGAGAGAGAUCUUUGAAGCUAAAGAACUGGAACAACUGUUGCAGUGUUUCUUGUCGUUGAACUCUCAUCACCAUCACAGGAUUAUCGUCGAGGUUUUUACAGAGAUUUGUAAGACAAUGUUCUCUAACUGGUCUUAAAAUGCAGAACGACGACAACUCGACAAGAACAAGAAGCAAACUGUUUCACUUUGUU